AUGCUUCGCAACACUUUCUCCCCAUGCUUUGCUACGCUGUCUCCCCCAUGCUUCGCUGCACUGUUUCCUGCACACCCCCUUCCGUUGGCAGCACUGCUCUCGCUCUCCCUCUGCGGCGCAGCGCGCGACGUCCAUCGUGUGCUGCAGGAUGCAAGCCACGGCCUCGACACUGGAACGGUCAGCGGCAGCACGAGUGGCAGCAGCACGAGCGGCGGCAGCGGUGGCAGCAUAAGCAGCGGGAGCACGGAACUCGAACUUUUUGAAGCUGUAAGCAACCGAGCUUCCUCAGAGCUCGGCUCACAAACCAACAUGGGCGCCAGGUUCAUCGUUGAUGUGAACAUCACAUCGACGCAGCAAAGGGCGCUCUUCAUAUUCACCGUGACAAACGUGCCGAGGACCCCAGCGCCAGUCUUCUCCAACUCCUCCUACCACACCAACGCGGGCCACCUCGUGGCAACGUUUGCAUGCGUGCCCAAGCCCAUCACCAUACUCGGCAUCUACAUUUGCACCGCCAGUUCUCUGGCCAACAUCACGGUGCCGUUCAAGCCGGUGAACAGGCCCAAGGCGCUGGUGGAUGCGGGGUUCUUCUCGAAUCCCUCCGGCUUCUACUCCACCAUCACUGUGAAUGGCGUCAUGCUGCGCGGUGGCAUCACCGCCUCUGUUGCUAACCUGUGA